ACCGUCUGUCAUGGCGACUUCCUGAGCCCUACGGCCAGGGUUCCGCGUGGGACUUCAGACCAGGGUUAUGGCGGGUGCAUCCCAGGAAUAACAUGGGCCCAACCAUGGAUGAAGUCACCUUCAAAAGUGACACUGUGCUGUCAGAUGUCCACCUGUACACCCCCAACCAGAGGCACCUCAUGGUGCGGCUGAAUGGCAUGGGGCAACCAGUCUUCCUGUCCCAGUUCAAGCUCCUGUGGAGUCGGGACUCUUGGACAGACUCAGGGGCUCAGGACAGUGGUCCCAGAGACGUCUCCACAGAGGAGACGCCUCCUGCUGGGUCAGGAAGUGGCCACAGUCAUGAGGAUUUGUCCCUCCAGGCUGGGGAUGACAACACUAUCCAGGAAGGGUUGAGUGUUCCCCUGGACGAGGAUGGGGAUCUGGAUGUGGUACGAAGACCGCGGGCUGCUUCUGAUCCCAACCCAGCAGAGCCUGCAAGAGACAAGGUACACCCCAUGAUUCUAGCACAGGAGGAAGAUGACCUCGCGGGAGACCAAGUGCAAGAGAGCUGCCCCCACAGCAUCAUCAAAAUAGAGCACACCAUGGCCACGACCCUGGAGGAUGUAGGCAAGCAGGUGUGGCGGGGUGCUCUGCUCCUGGCAGACUAUAUCCUGUUCCGAAAGGACCUCUUCCAGGGAUGCACCGUGCUGGAGCUUGGGGCAGGCACAGGGCUUGCCAGCAUUGUGGCAGCCACCAUGGCACAUACCGUUUAUUGCACAGAUGUCGGCACAGACCUCCUGGCCAUGUGCCAACGAAACGUUGCCCUCAACAGCCACCUGGCUGCCACUGGAGGUGAAGGUGGCGUGGUUAAGGUCAAGGAGCUAGACUGGCUGAAGGAUGACCUCUGCACAGAUCCCAGAGUCCCCUUCAGCUGGUCAGAAGAAGAAAUCACUGACCUGUAUGACCACACCACUGUGCUCCUUGCAGCCGAAGUGUUCUACGAUGAUGACUUAACUACCGCUCUAUUUAACACACUCUCCCGACUCGUCCACAGACUGAAAAAUGCCUGCACCGCCAUCUUGUCAGUGGAAAAAAGGUUCAACUUCACACUGAGACACUUGGACGUCACGUGUGAAGCCUACGAUCACUUCCGUGCCUCCCUGGACUCAUUGGAGAAGCUGGCUGAUGGCAGGCUGCGUUUCAUGGUGGAGCCUGUGGAGACCUCCUUCCCACAACUGCUCGUCUACGAGCGCAUCCGGCAGCUGGAGCUCUGGAAGAUCGUCGUAGAACCAGCAGCAUGAGUUACCUCUGUGACCUCAACUAUUUAUUAUCUUAAUGUAUUUCAAAUAAAGACAAACCCUCAGCCAUCUUGCCCUUGA